AUGACGCCGCAAAUGCACAUGCAGAUGCAAAUGGCAGCUGCUCGCGGCCAGCAGAUGCCGCAGGCACAGGGAGGUGGCCCGCACGGCAUGCACCAGCGCCCACCCCCACCUCCACAGCAGCAAAUUCAGCACCGCGCUCUUCCUGAUCAGCGUGAUCGGCGCGACAGCGACCGUGGCAACGAGUCUGACCGUGACCGCUCCACUUCUCAGCAACGCAACCCGCGUGACUGGGACGCCUCCAGAAACGGCAGCCGCUCUCGUAACGACCGUGAACGCGACCGCCCGCGUGAGUCGGGUCGUGAGUCCGGCCGUGAGUCUGGUAGAGCCGAUCGCGAUCGUGCUGCGGAUGUCGAUUCUAAAAGGCCUGACCGCCGUGGCAGGGACAGAGAAAGAGACAGAGACAGAGACAGAGACAGAGAUGCCCGCGAUAAGGAGUCUCGCGAUAGAGGCGUUCGUGGCAGUCGCGCCCAGGACAGUAGCUCGUCGCGCGGCGCUGCCGAGAGACCCGAUAAACACGCAUCUGCUUCAAAGCGUCGGAGAUCCAUCUCUCGAGAGAAGGAAUCUGCACCAAAGGGGUCUGCGAAGCGCCGCCGCUGA